UUGAGAUCAUCAUCCUGAUGACCAUCUUCGCUAACUGCGUGGCCUUAGCCGUCUACAUCCCCUUCCCCGAGGACGACUCUAACGCCACCAACUCCAACCUGGUUUACAAGUGGUGUUGAACUCUAUAAUCAAAGCCAUGGUCCCUCUGCUACACAUCGCCCUGUUGGUCCUCUUCGUCAUCAUCAUCUACGCCAUCAUCGGUCUGGAGCUCUUCAUGGGCAAGAUGCACAAGACCUGCUUCGAACACAAGAACGGGAACAAAGGGGCGAUCGUGGAGGAGAAGCCGGCCCCGUGUGCCCUCGACGUGGCCCACGGGCGUCACUGCGGGCAGAACGGCACCAUGUGCUCCAUGGGCUGGGAGGGGCCCAACGACGGCAUCACCAACUUCGACAACUUUGCCUUCGCCAUGCUGACGGUGUUCCAGUGCAUCACCAUGGAGGGGUGGACGGAAGUCCUGUACUGGAUGCAGGAUGCUAUGGGCUAUGAGCUACCCUGGGUCUAUUUUGUCUCUCUCGUCAUCUUCGGCUCCUUUUUCGUGCUCAAUCUCGUUUUGGGGGUGUUGAGCGGAGAGUUCUCUAAGGAGAGGGAGAAGGCCAAAGCCAGGGGAGACUUCCAGAAGCUCAGAGAGAAACAGCAGCUAGAAGAAGACCUCAAGGGCUAUCUGGACUGGAUCACUCAGGCUGAGGACAUUGACCCAGAAAAUGAAGAGGAGGGAUUGGACGAUGACAAACCUAGGAACCUGAGCAUGCCGGCCAGUGAGAACGAGUCGGUGAACACAGACAACGUCCCGGGGGGAGACACAGAGGGGGAGACCUGCUGCACGCGACUGGCAAAUAGAAUCUCCAAAUCCAAGUUCAGUCGCUACUCCCGGAGGUGGAACCGUCUCUGCAGGAGGAAGUGUCGAGCGGGCGUCAAAUCCCAGUUCUUCUACUGGCUGGUGAUCUUCCUGGUGUUCCUGAACACGCUGACCAUCGCGUCGGAGCAUCACCAGCAGCCUGACUGGCUGACCGACGUCCAAGACAUCGCCAACAAGGUGCUACUGGCCCUGUUCACGGGGGAGAUGCUGCUGAAGAUGUACAGUCUGGGACUUCAGGCCUACUUUGUGUCUCUCUUCAACCGCUUUGACUGCUUUGUGGUGGGGGGGGGGAUCCUGGAGACCAUCCUGGUGGAGACAAAGAUCAUGUCCCCGCUUGGCAUUUCCGUCCUGCGCUGCGUACGACUCCUGCGGAUCUUUAAGAUAACCAGAUACUGGAACUCUCUGUCCAACCUGGUGGCGUCGCUGCUGAACUCGGUCCGCUCCAUCGCGUCCCUGCUGCUGCUGCUCUUCCUCUUCAUCAUCAUCUUCUCCCUGCUCGGCAUGCAGCUGUUUGGCGGGAAGUUCAACUUUGACAUCACGCGCCGCAGCACCUUCGACAACUUCCCCCAGUCCCUGCUCACCGUGUUCCAGAUCCUGACGGGAGAGGACUGGAACCUGGUGAUGUACGACGGCAUCAUGGCGUACGGCGGCCCGUCCUUCCCCGGGAUGCUGGUCUGCAUCUACUUCAUCAUCCUCUUCAUCUGCGGAAACUACAUCCUGCUGAACGUCUUCUUGGCCAUCGCUGUCGACAACCUGGCGGACGCCGAGAGUCUGACCUCGGCCCAGAAGGAGGAAGAGGAGGAGAAGGAGAGGAAGAAACUGGCCAGGACGGCGAGCCCAGAGAAGCGCAAAGUGAACGAGAAGCCGCCACUGAAGGAGGAGAAGAAGGAGAAGAAGAAGGAGAAGAUAGAGCUCAAGUCCAUCACGUCUGACGGAGAGACCAACACCGCCACUAAGAUCAACAUGGACGUCUACGUUGGGGACGAGACUGAGGGGAAGAACCCCUACCCAGCCAAUGACUACAUCACUAAAGUGGGCGAGGAGGAGGAGGAGGAGCCGGAGAUGCCGGUUGGCCCUCGGCCGCGGCCCCUGUCCGACGUCCAGCUGAAGGAGAAGGCCAUCCCCAUGCCGGAGGCCCGCGCCUUCUUCGUCUUCAGCCACACCAACAAGUUCAGGCUGCUGUGCCACCAGAUUGUGAACCACAACGUGUUCACCAACCUCAUCCUCUUCUUCAUCCUGCUGAGCAGCAUCAGUCUGGCUGCAGAGGACCCCGUGCAGAACGACUCCUUCAGGAACCAGAUCCUGGGCUAUGCAGACCACGUGUUCACCGGCCUCUUCACCAUAGAGAUCCUCCUGAAGAUGACAGCCUACGGGGCCUUCCUCCACAAAGGCUCCUUCUGCAGGAACUACUUCAACAUCCUGGACCUGGUGGUGGUCAGUGUGUCCCUCAUAUCGUCUGGGAUACAAUCCAGUGCCAUCAAUGUGGUGAAGAUCCUGAGGGUCCUACGAGUUCUGAGACCCCUGAGAGCCAUCAACAGAGCCAAGGGGCUGAAGCACGUGGUUCAGUGCGUCUUCGUCGCCAUCAGGACCAUCGGCAACAUCGUCAUCGUCACCUCACUGCUGCAGUUCAUGUUCGCCUGCAUAGGAGUGCAGCUGUUCAAGGGGAAGUUCUUCUUCUGCUCGGACACGUCCAAGCAGACGAACGCCGAGUGCAGUGGGUAUUACAUCCUGUAUAAGGACGGUGACGUGUUGAAGCCGGAGAGAGCCAAGAGGGAAUGGGAGAACAGCGCCUUCAACUUCGACAACGUGCUGCAGGGCAUGAUGGCUCUGUUCGCCGUGUCCACCUUUGAGGGCUGGCCAGGGCUGCUGUACCGCGCCAUCGACUCCCACACGGAGGACAUCGGCCCCAUCUACAACUACCGCGUGGUCAUCUCCAUCUUCUUCAUCAUCUACAUCAUCAUCAUCGCCUUCUUCAUGAUGAACAUCUUCGUCGGUUUCGUCAUCGUCACCUUCCAGGAGCAAGGGGAGCAGGAGUACAAGAACUGUGAGCUGGACAAGAACCAGCGUCAGUGCGUGGAGUACGCCCUGAAGGCCCGGCCGCUACGGCGCUACAUCCCCAAGAACCCGUACCAGUACAAGGUGUGGUACGUGGUCAACUCCAGCUACUUCGAGUACCUGAUGUUCACGCUCAUCCUGCUGAACACCAUCUGCCUGGCCAUGCAGCAUCACGGCCAGACGAAAGGCUUCAACGACGCCAUGAACAUCCUCAACAUGCUCUUCACCGGCCUCUUCACGGUGGAGAUGAUCCUCAAACUGAUCGCCUUCAAGCCCAGGGGUUACUUUAGUGACCCCUGGAAUGUGUUUGAUUUCCUCAUCGUAAUUGGCAGCAUAAUAGACGUCAUUCUCAGUGAGAUCAACCCAGCUGACUCCUCCUCGUCCUCCUCCUCGUCCUCCUCUUCCUCCUCUCAUCCCCCCGUGGUAAGGCCAAUGGGACUGCAGAACUCAGAAGAGAACGCCAGGAUCUCCAUCACCUUCUUCCGGCUGUUCCGCGUGAUGAGGCUGGUGAAGCUGUUGUCUCGCGGGGAGGGGAUUCGGACCCUGCUGUGGACCUUCAUCAAAUCGUUUCAAGCCCUGCCCUACGUAGCGCUGCUUAUAGUGAUGCUAUUCUUCAUAUACGCCGUCAUCGGGAUGCAGAUGUUUGGUAAGAUAGCUCUGAAGGACGAAUCGCACAUCAACCGGAACAACAACUUCCAGACCUUCCCCCAGGCAGUUCUGCUGCUCUUCAGGUGUGCCACCGGGGAGGCGUGGCAGGAGAUCAUGUUGGAUUGCGAGCCCGUGCAAUCAUGUGAGAAGGGAUCGACCAAUGGGAACAGCUCCCUGACUGUGGAGGAUUGUGGCAGCCAUUUCGCCAUAUUCUACUUUGUCAGCUUCUACAUGCUGUGUGCCUUUCUGAUCAUCAACCUGUUUGUCGCUGUCAUCAUGGACAACUUUGAUUACCUGACGCGUGAUUGGUCGAUUCUGGGCCCGCAUCACCUGGAUGAGUUCAAGAGGAUAUGGGCCGAGUACGACCCGGAAGCAAAGGGUCGGAUCAAGCAUCUGGACGUGGUGACGCUGCUCCGCAGAAUCCAGCCGCCGCUGGGCUUCGGGAAGCUCUGUCCUCACAGGGUGGCCUGCAAGCGCCUGGUGUCUAUGAACAUGCCUCUGAACAGCGACGGCACGGUGAUGUUCAACGCCACGCUGUUCGCCCUGGUCAGGACUGCCCUGAGGAUCAAGACUGACGGUAACCUGGAACAGGCGAAUGAGGAGCUGAGGGCGAUUGUGAAAAAGAUCUGGAAGAGAACAAGUAUGAAGCUUCUGGACCAGGUGGUGCCUCCUGCUGGAGACGAUGAGGUGACGGUUGGGAAGUUUUACGCCACCUUCCUGAUCCAGGAGUAUUUCCGCAAGUUCAAGAAGAGGAAGGAGCAGGGACUGGUGGCGAAGGUGCCCCCCAAGACCGCCCUCUCUCUGCAGGCCGGCCUGCGGACCCUCCACGAUAUGGGCCCCGAGAUCCGGAGGGCCAUCUCCGGGGACCUGACGGUGGAGGAGGAGCCCGACAAGGGCCCCAAGGAGCCGGGGUCGGCCGCCUCCGAGGACGACAUCUUCAGGCGGUCGGGCGGCCUGUUCGGUAACCACGUCAACUACUACGGCCAGAGCGAUGGCCGCGCCUCCUUCCCCCCCUCCUUCGCCACCCAGCGCCCGCUGCACAUCAGCCAGAAGGGCUCGCCCUGCGAGGCCGAGAGCCCCUCCCACGAGAAGCUCAUGGACUCCACCACCUUCACGCCCUCCUCCUACUCGUCGUCGGGCUCCAACGCCAACAUCAACAACGCCAACAACACGGGCAUGGGCGGCGUGGCGGUGGCGGCGGCCGGCCUGGCCGGCCCGUCGGCGGGCGACCCUGACGGGGUGGGCGACGAGCAGCCACUCACCCCCAUCCUACUGCCCCGGUCGUCCUGGUGCUUCCCCCCCAAGAGCUCGGACUCCAGCGACAGCCGGCUGCCGAUCAUCCAGCGGGGGGAGGGCUCCACCGAGGAGACGUAUGACGAGAGCUACGGCGACGAGCCCGACUACCAUGACGACGGCCACUCGCGCUCCUGUGACAUGUUGGUGUACCAAGAUGAUAAGUGCAAGCAGUUGUCGUCCAUGGAGGGGAGCGAGGAGGUGCCAGAGAGGAGAGGAGGAGGAGGAGGAGGAGGGGGUGUGUGUCUGUCUCCAAGGAGAGCCUUCCUCUGUCCAACUACUCUGGGACGAAGGUCGUCCUUCCAUCUGGAAUGUCUGAGGAGACAGCCCCGGACAGACGUGUCCCAGAAGACAGCCCUCCCUCUGCACCUGGUCCAUCACCAGGCGUUGGCGGUGGCGGGGUUGAGUCCGCUCCUCAGACGGAGUCACUCCCCCACGCUCUUCAGUCGACUCUGCUCCACGCCACCCGCCAGCCCGACAGCCCACGGCGGACACGCCUCGUACCAGCAGGUGCCCUCCCUGAAGCUAGAGGGCGCCACCUCCCACGAGAAGCUCAACAGCAGCCUCCCGUCGGUCAACUGUGGGCCUUGGUACAAUGACAGCAACGGGAACACCCGGGUUGGCUCGACCAAUCAGAGAGCGUCGCGGCCCGUGUCACUCACGGUGCCCUCGCUACUCAACCAGGACGCGACCUCGCUAACCCACGGCAGCGCGGGCAGCCUGGUGGAGGCGGUGCUGAUCUCGGAGGGGCUGGGCCGCUUCGCCCAGGACCCGGCCUUCAUCGAGGUCACCAAGGCGGAGCUGGCGGACGCCUGCGACAUGACCAUCGAGGAGAUGGAGCACGCCGCCGACAACAUCCUCAACGGGAACCCCGCCCCCGGCCGCGCCCCGCCCGCCGCCGCCGCCAACGGCAACCUGCUGCCGUACCACGCCGCCGCCGCCGCCGCCCCCGCGCACGCGGAGCCCCGGGGGGGGGGAGGGGCGGCCCACGGACCGGCGUCUCCUGCGUAG